AUGGAUCUCAAACGCUCGCAUAUGCAAAAUUUCACCCUCGACACCGAGGUCGAGCACCACUGGGGCUAUGCCGACCGUCAAAUCCCAUGCCUCACGGACCCCGGGUCCUGUCUCGGUCCUUGGUCAGACAGAGUCGGCGUGCUGGCAUACGCCUUGACGCCACUUUCUGUUCUCCUCGGCAGCCGUGAAUCACUCCUCAGCCUGAUCACCGGCGUUCCAUACCAGAAUUUCAACUUUCUGCAUCGCUGGCUCGGGUACAUCAUUGUGGUCCAAGGGGCACUGCACACCAUUGGCUGGUGUAUCAUUGAAAUCAGACUCUAUCAACCCCAGCCAGAUGUCGGAGCCGAAUGGAUCGUGCAACUCUACAUGAUCUGGGGACUUGUAGCGAUGACCACAUUGCUGUUGCUCUACGUACUGACACUUCCCUUCGUCAUACGCCGGACGGGUUACGAGUUCUUCCGCAAGUCACACUAUGUUCUCGCCAUGGUGUACUGUGGCGCAUGCAUCGGUCACUGGAAGCAGCUGCACUGCUUUCUGACCCCCUCCAUCAUCCUCUGGAGUCUGGAUCGAUGCACUCGGCUUCUUCGAACGUGGCUCAUCCACCGCAAAACUAUCAAUGACAAGGGUGGUCUGUUCAACUCAGCACAAGCCUCCGUAACACGAUUCCCAGAUCACGAUGACGGCGACAUUGUUCGAUUGGAUUUCAAGCACCCACAGAAGCCCUGGAGCAUCGGUCAACAUUUUUAUAUAUGCUUUACAGAUGGCAGCAUCUGGCAGUCGCAUCCAUUCACACCCCUAAACCUCCCCGAGCGAGCCGCUGACGGCACAACGCAACACUCUUACAUCCUCCGCGCCAAGGGCGGCGAGACGAGAAAAAUGGCGGAGAUUCUAGCUGAGACAAGAAAGUCUACCACGGGUGUCAUCCUCACAGGCCCAUAUGGGGCGAACAUCACACGCUCGCUGACGUCGACCGACAACGUCCUCUGCAUCGCCGGUGGCACUGGAAUCACCUACGUUCUUCCGGUCGUUAUGGACGUCUGCCGUCGCCCGGCUGUCAAUCGCAAGGUCGAAAUUGUCUGGUUUGUGCGUCACCGCACUGACGUUGACUGGAUCAAACCAGAGCUUAACGUUCUCGAGGACCAGGAUAAUGGCACCGAGCUCAAGAUUCGCAUCUUCACCACCCGCGACACUAUUGAUGAUACCGACGAGCCUUCAACUCCCAUAUCAGAUGACAGUGGUUUAUCCAGUGAUGACGAGAAGAAGUCACCGUCAUCGCCGCGCCAACGAAAGCUCAUCACGAUCCGCCCUAGCACAGCAGCAGCAACGGCAGGCAACAGCGGCCAUCCCAAUGUCAAGCCCAUUGUUCAGCACUUUGUCGAAAGGACGGUCUCUGGACCAACUAAAGUAUAUAGCAGUGGACCAGGAAGGAUGAUGUCUGAACUGAGAGAAGCCAUUGCUGGGCUAAACUCAGGGACAAGGGUGUGGAAAGAUCAGCAGCGACACGACGUGUCCCUGGAGUGUGAUGAGCGGCUAGAGUAUUGA